AUGGCAGCAACCACUACCCGUCUCAAAUUCCAAACACAGCCCAUCAAACCUAAACGCCGCCGCUGUCGCGAGACCACCAUCACCACCUCCACCACCACCACCCCCAACUCCUCCGCCUCAGCCGCCGGAGAUAACGGCUCUUCUUCAUCGGCCGCCGUAUACAUAAACCAAAACCAUUCCCAAAGCCGCAGACUCGACACGCCCAUUAUAGUCUCUUCCGACAACUCCUGGUGCUGCCCCGCCUCUAAACUGCCCACUCCUCCUCCGGUCGACGCCGCUGCCGCUGCUGCUGCUGCUUCGUCUCCGUCUCUAGAGCCCUCCCAUCCGCCGCUCUCCUCCUCCUCCUCCUCCUCCUCAGAUCUCAAGAUCCGCCACUCGCCCUCCGACAUGGACUCCUACCAGAAUAGCGUCUACGGUGGCGGAUCCGCCGCCGGCGCCGGUGCCCAAGAAAAUUUCCCAUCGUCCCUGAGCAAAUUUAACUCCGCACUCACCGCGGGCCUCCUCAACCCGAUGUCGCCCCCACCUCUGGUCGAUAAAGCUCGGUCAAGCCCUACCCUUUUCGAAAUGAUGGCCAACGAGCCCGAAUGCCUCCCAAGAACCGCGGCCGUCGCCCAAAACGGCUCGGUCCCUGCUCAAAACGGCCAAAGCUCGAAGCUUUCCGCGAACCCACCUCCCCAGGACAGGCAGGCGCUAAUGCAGCAGAGGCUAAUGGAUAUUCUUGCGUCGAGGAGCCCUGGGAACUUGUUUAACGACGCUGUUUCAGGAGAUGUGAAGCUUACUCUGAGUUCUAAGGAUGGGCUUAACGUUUCCAUGAGCGUUCACCGUCAAAUCCUUGUGGUGCAUAGCAGAUUUUUCGCCUUGAAGCUGAACGAGAAGUGGGUUAAGCAGCAGAGGAGUUCGGGCCCGUAUAUUGUGGAGAUUGCGGAUUGUGAUGAUAUAGAAGUUUAUAUCGAGACUCUGAGACUGAUGUACUGUAAGGAUUUGAGGAGAAAGCUGAUGAAAGAGGAUGUUCCUCGCGUGCUGGGUAUUCUUAAGGUCUCGGCUGCAAUCGGAUUUGAUGCUGGCGUACUAUCUUGCCUCGAGUAUCUAGAAGCCGCGCCAUGGGCCGAGGACGAGGAACAAAAAAUAGCCUCCCUCCUCUCCGAGCUCCGGCUCGAAGGAGUCGGGGCCGGCGAAGUCCUGAAACGAGUCUCCCUCGACUCAUCUUCCGGGGCCUACGGCGAAAAUGACCACGAGCAGACCCUUCUCAAGCUCCUUCAAGUUGUCCUCGAGGGAAAAGACGAAAAAGCCCGUCGUGAGAUGAAGAGCCUUAUGACCAAGAUGCUCCGCGAGAAUUCCUCCCAAAACGACUUAAGCAAGGAGUCUCUUUACUCAGCCUGCAAUUCCUGCCUUAAAUCUUUAUCCCGCGAUUUUUUACGGGCCGCCGAAGGUGACGAUCCGCGGGCUGCGGGCCUUAUAGCCCGGCAGGCGGAUAACCUUCAGUGGCUGCUGGAUAUAAUGAUCGACCGACAGGUGGCAGAGGAUUUCUUGAGGACGUGGGCCUCGCAGUCCGAGUUGGCUGGGGCCCACUGCAAAGUGCCAGCUGUCCACAGGUUCGAGGUCAGUAGGGUUACGGCCCGGCUUUUUGUCGGGAUUGGGAAGGCUCAGCUUUUAGCCUCGAAGGAGGCGAGGUGCAUGCUCGUGCGCACGUGGCUGGGCCCGUUUUACGAGGAUUUCGGGUGGAUGAGACGGGCCUCGAGGGGGCUCGAUCGUCAUUUGGUCGAGGAAGGGCUUGCGAACACGAUUCUGACGCUGCCGAUGAGCUGGCAGCAGGAGAUCAUGAUGUCGUGGUUUGACCGGUUCUUGAAUUCGGGGGAGGACUGCCCGAAUAUACAGAGGGGGUUUGAGGUUUGGUGGAGGCGGGCUUUCUGGAGGAGGAAUGGUGGUGAGGGCCCGAAGGCGGCCCGUGAAAUGCGGGUUGUGGCUGCUGCUGACGUGGAUAAGUAGUGAUUUUCUGACAGGGGUGGCCGAAACAAAAGAAGGUAGGUUUGGUUGAAUAUUCUUGAUUCUUUUAAUGGAUUGGGUUUCUUUGUCUGGUUUGAGUAUUAUGCUUUGCUUUUGGAAUGAUCAGUAGUGUGAUGGUAAAAUUGAAAAAUGGAAAAAGAGAUUAAUUUCUGGUGCUGUGUGAGUUGACUUAAAUUUGCCGGACGACUGUCUUGAAGGCAACAAACUGGAUUAAUUGUGGAUUAAUUUCUGGUAAAAUCAGAAGGUGUGAGGAUUAAUUGUGCUAUAUUUCGAACAACUGAUGAAGGCAACAAACUGGAUUUCGGUUGGGUCUUUGAAUUUCAGAUUAUUAGCUGCUGCUGGCCCAUUCUUUUAGUUGUGUUUCUCCUUGUAUGGCUUCCAACUUUCGGUUUUAUCUAACAUGUCUUUGCUAUUUUGCCCUUUUAAUCAAUUGUUUUGUGUAUGACUUAUGAUGAAUUGAUUGUGGUUGAGAACUGAGAAGGGCGAUUUAUAUGUUCUUCCUACAAAGUAUUGAUUUAUAUGUUUUUCAUUGUGGUAGAUUUCAUAGUUUCUGUUGUUUUGGCCCAUGCUAAAUGUUUCAUGACUGAACUAUAUUUG